AUGGCUGGAGAGGAGAAAUUCGCCAUUCUGAAACUCUACCGUGGAAGCGCACCUCGACUCCGCAUCGACUACACGGACAAAAAUGACCUGUACGAGAAGUUUAUGGAGAAAAUCAAUCGACUCAACUAUCCUGUCGGUGAGAUAUACACAGAGGACGACGACUACGACCGUCUACUGAUCAAAAACGCUGACGAUCUCUACGCUGCUGCUCGUUACAACGGUCCGCAGUUGAAAGUGCAUGUUCUUCGCGCCCCCGAGCAUGAUGUCUUUUCGUGUCCGAGUAAUGACGAGGAAAAGGAAGAACGAAAAGAAGGAGAGAGCUUGAAAGAGCUACAUGCACGUAGGCGCUCUCGAUCUGAACCUCGUCAUGGAUCGCGUCACCAUGCUGGACACUAUUACUAUCCGAUUCCGUGGAACUAUCCGCCAUGGAUUGAUCUCCGCUAUGGGCGAAUGCCAUUCUUCUCCGAUCCACAAGGUUUUUCUAAAGAUCACGAACAUCAAAAGGAGGGUGGACGUAAUUGCCAAUGUGAACGACUCUCCCAGGAUUUUGCAAAGAUCUAA